AUGCCUGACACAACAGAAGAUUUAGAAAAGGAGAAAGUUCCAUGGCAAUACAAAUCUCUCCAUGGGGUAUACCACUGGCAGAUAGUGGAUGUGGCCCAUAAGAUAAAAUCCUACCAGUUGCUGGAAAAAGCAGAACUGAAAGACCGCACUGAGGCACUAAUCCUAACAGCACAGGAACAGGCACUCUGCAAAAGAUCAAUAGAAGUGGGAGUCUUCCACACCAGGCAAGACCCAAGGUGCAAAGAGGCCCCUGCAACAAUCCAGCACCUAGGAGCUGUUUGCAAGAUGUUAGCAGGAACAGCAUACACUGAAAAGCACAACCAAGUGACUGGGAUUGUGUACCAAAUCAUCUGCACAGAUUAUGGGCUGGACCUGCCUAAUUCCAUUUGGGAGAUACCACAAAGAGUAGUUGAGAUCCACACAGACAAGCAAGAACUAAACAACCAACCUGACAUUGUGGUGGUGGAUGUGGCAAUACCCAGUGACUAUAACUUUAGGAAGAAGGAACAUAAAAAGAUGGACAAAUACCAAGGACUGAAAGAAGAGCAAGAAAGGAUGUGGAAAGUGAAGGCAGUGUAG